GCAACUUAUGAAUUAUGAUAUACCCAGUUAAUCGUCCCUUUGGAAAAAUUGAUCUUGAGAUAAAAUAAGCAAGCAAGGAAGUGGCUGUGUGGUAUGUAUGGUAGUGUUUGUAAAAUGGUGGUAGGGAGUGGAUAAGGGGUACACACACGUGGGAAUCAUGUCCUCUUCCACCUGCUUCCCUUCACUUCCUCGACCUUCUUUAAUCAAAACCAAAUCAUCGUCGUCAUCAUCAUCAAUAUGCAGCAUGAGCAUGAGUGAGGAUCCUGUUCGUGAGUGGAUUCUCUCUGAAGGGAAAGCAACAAAGAUAACCAGAAUCAGUCCUGUUGGUGGGGGAUGUAUCAAUCUUGCUAGUCGCUAUGAUACUGACACUGGUUCUUUCUUCGUUAAAACAAACAGGAGUAUUGGGCCAUCAAUGUUUGAAGCAGAGGCUCUUGGUCUAGGAGCUAUGUAUGAAACAAGGACUAUUCGUGUGCCUCAACCUUAUAAGGUUGGACCCCUUCCUACUGGUGGUUCUUUCAUCAUUAUGGAAUUCAUAGAAUUUGGAGCUUCUAGGGGAGAUCAGUCUAUUCUAGGGAGGAAGCUUGCUGAAAUGCAAAAAGCUGGAAAAUCUAGUAAAGGCUUUGGUUUCGAUGUUGAUAAUACCAUUGGCAGCACUCCACAAAUAAACACCUGGUCAUCAGAUUGGGUUCAAUUUUAUGGAGAGCAUAGAUUGGGUUACCAGUUGAAACUGGCAUUAGACCAGUAUGGGGACAGAACCAUUUAUGAAAAAGGACAGAGACUGGUGAAAAACAUGAGACCCCUGUUUGACGAUGUAGUGAUAGAACCGUGCUUGCUACAUGGAGAUCUAUGGAGUGGAAACAUCAGCUCUGACAAAAAUGGAGAGCCUGUCAUAUUGGACCCAGCAUGUUAUUAUGGACACAAUGAGGCAGAAUUUGGCAUGUCUUGGUGUGCUGGCUUUGGAGGAUCAUUUUAUAAUUCUUAUUUUGAGGUGAUGCCUAAACAGCCAGGCCUUGAGAAGAGGAGAGACCUUUAUAUGCUGUACCACUAUUUAAAUCAUUAUAAUCUAUUUGGCUCCGGUUACCGCUCAUCUUCCCUGUCUAUCAUUGAUGAUUAUCUAGCACUUUUAAAAGCUUAGGAUUGGAUGCAUUGUCGACAAGGUUAUUUGAAUGAGGUUCUUCUUCCUGUACAUUUCACUAACAUUUCCUGCUUAGGGCAGUUAAUGAAAUGGAGAAGUGAUUCUUACCAAUGCAAAAGGCUAUUAGUUUUGUUUA